AUGUCGGGCAACGCUGAUUCGAAGAGUGCAGACUCUUUAAAGCCGUUGACAAGGUUUGUAGAAGUUGGCCCGGGUCAAGUCGAGGAACAGAACGUAGGACACGCCAGCGUGAACCCACCCACUGAAAAGAGCAGUUCUUCAAGUACACCUGGUGUGGAGACAAAUCCCGUUAAACUAGAAAGAGACAAGAAGCGUGGUGAGGAGGAAUUGAAGGAGUCUCAUGCCAUUGACUCACAGAAUAAAAAACCAAGGAAAAAAAGGAGGACUUUUAGCUGUGAUACAUGUAGGAAAUUCAAAACGCGAUGUGAUUUUGAGCCACUGCUAGGCAAAUGCCAUCGGUGUGGUGUCCUUAAUAUUGAUUGCUCGUUGACAAAAGAGCGGGAGGACGAAAUAAUUUCAGCGAUAGAGACUUCAAGUACUGAUCGAAAGCCAAAAAGUAAGCCAUCAAGUUUGCAUCGGAAAGAAACUUCAAGCAAUAAGCCGUCAAUAGCCGUAACAGGAUCUGCAUCAGAAUCUGGCCAUCCUUUAGUGAACUCGCUGAAUGAUAGACUGAGUAUACUGGAAAGAAGCUUCAAUAAUUUAAAUAGUAAAAUUGAUUUAAUCGUGUUGUUACUGCAAGGGUCGACAACGGCUGCCUCAAAUGCGAACAAUCUGCUCAGCACACAUAGGCAGGGUUCCCAUGAUACAGUUGAUAAUGCUUUGAAUGAAAAUACCAAGCCGCCAAGUUCAAUAAAACCCUCUGUGAGUAGUUUGAAAAAAAAUAUUAAUACCGAGUUAAAGCAUAAUGAGACCAACCAAAAUACUGCUUCUUCUAAGAUUGGAAAUAAUGCGAUGGUCCCCUUUAGCAACUUAAGCAACAAGAAUUCCUUUUCUGAAGGGUUUAAAUUGAGAGAAUAUCCCGCAAAAUUGAUCGAUGACAUUGAUGAAAGGCUGUUCCCUUCUAAACCUACAUCAAAACAAGAAAAGAUCGCUCAAGAGCAGAGACCAGAGGCUGUUGCAAGGGCACAUUUUAUGAUUUUUUAUGAAAAACACAGAUCUUUGUGCCACAAGCUUUCGAAGGAAUUUUUGGUCAGAUCACACUUCUGGAUUAUACCUGGCGGUGUAAAGGACAUUGAUAGCACUUACGUUCGUAAAAAUUUGUUUAUCACAAGUGUUUUUACAAUAAUUGCAAUGAGUUUUGCUGAUAAUGAUAAAUUUGCAGAAGAACAGGAAAUGCUGUAUCCUUUAGUCGAGCGAUUCCUUACAAAUACUCUAACUAUGUUUGAGAAACUAACAGAUCAUGAUAUUGAAGCUAUCUUGUACUGUUGCAUGUUCCACAUAUCGAAGAAAGCAAAAAGACAUAGACAACUAAAGUUCAAUUCGUUGGUAUUGAGCAAUUUUGCUUUGUUCAGUUUGCUAAAUAAUAUAGAUUUCCACAAAAUAAAAGAGCGUGUACUUUACAAGGAAGAAUAUAAUUCCACUGAUUUAUAUCAUUUGAGAAUAUUAAAUUCUUUAACUGCUUGUCAUUUGGAAAAUUCAAUCACUCACGGAACAAUAAGACCACAAGAUGCCACACUGAAAGAGUUUAAUAACUUAGUCGCGAAAUUCCCACAGGCAAACUUUGGAGACGAUAUUAAAAUCAGUCAGAUUAAUUUGGGUGACAUUUUAGUGACAAUUUUGAUGGACUUUAGAGACUAUUUUAAAAAUUUUAAGACUGUUUUUUUGCAAACCCACGCUUUGCAUUCAAAGACAGGCUUUGCGACAGGAACACUUCUGGUAUUUCCUGAAUUAGACUAUUGGCUUAAGAAUUGGGAGGAACUGCUAGCCAAAGAUGGAGGAGGGGUUUUAUUAUUCACUUUUGAUUUCUAUCAUAUUAUGAUCUGCAGAUCAUUCAUUGCUGAAUUUUUGGAAGAUAUGAAUGAAGCUCCAGAUUUUUUGCGUAGUGUACUAUUCACUAUAAAGGAGCAUGCCUUCUCACUCCUGAAAGGUGUAUUGAGGCUACCGCCCACACUUCUCAGAGGCGCUCCGAUAUUAACUAUGAAUGAACUUGUAUAUGCUUGUUUAACACUCGGAGACUUUCUUCAUUGGUUUGAUUCUACGGAAAGGCAACAGAUUUUGAGUAUCUGUACCGAGGUUUACUGGCAUUUGAAUACAAUUGGUGAAAAAUUAAAUGAAGUUACAGAAAAUGUCGGUAAAAUCAUCAAAUCUAUUAUAACUAUAAGCAAAAGCAAAAUUAAUACGUUACCAACUUUGCUCUCGAAAGUCUCAAAACCAUCUGCUUUGUCGAAUGUGAGUAAUAUCGACCAACCUUCUAAAAAUGACCAAAAGAAAAAGCCUGAAGCACCUCAUUCGAAUGGUACAUCAAAUAAAGUGGAGCUUCUACAACCUGGUUCACCGGACAGUAAUAUGUCACAUCACUCAAGAGCUAGUAGUACCGCAGACAUGUCACAAUCGAUAGGACAGUUCACGAUACCGGACGUCGAUCAAUUCAACUCUUUCGAAGACUUUUUCCAAGAGUUUUUCGAUCAUUUAAAGCCAAACACGCAGAGAUUAUUCUCCGCUCGAAAGUAG